AUGGCGGACAAGCAAGUGAUGAAGCGUGCCAAGCAUAAGUCCUCAGUCAAGGAUCCCGGAGUUUCCGGCAUUCUCAAACUGAGCGUAGAAAGAUUUGUUUUCAUGCCAAAUGAUCCACAAUCAACCACAAAGCUGAAUGUGGAGUUUAAGACGAUUAAAGGACAUAAAUUCACCAAGGAAGGUUCAAGUAAACAGGCCUUGCUUAAUCUUACUCAAGACCAGGGGAAAAAUUACAUUUUUGAGUUUGAAAGUUUUUCUGAUCGUGAUAUAUGUCGGGAAUAUGUUGCCAACGCCAUUGCAUUUCAUACUGAAGGUGGAAGAGCAAUAUCUGAAAAAUCAGCGGCUCCACUCAACAAUGAACAACUCAGCAGAGCAGAAACAGAGCAGCGUAUUAAGCUACUGCAGGAGGACAGUGAAUUACAGAAACUUCACAAGCAAUUUGUGUUUGGUGGUAUAUUGACAGAUGAUGAAUUUUGGGCGACUAGGAAGAAAUUGUUGGACAAGAAUGAUGGCAGAACACCAAAACAACGCCUAGCCUUGAAAAAUGAAAUGUGGUCUGUCAAACCAUUGUCCGAUGGUCAGUCAAACAGGGUGACUUUUAACUUGACGCCGGAGAUCAUUCAUCAGAUAUUUGCUGAAAAACCGGCAGUUCGGCAAGCAUUUUUGUCUUUUGUCCCUCACAAGAUGACGGAAAAGGAGUUCUGGACUAAAUAUUCAAGGGCAGAAUACCUCCACAGUACAAAAAAUGUGGUUGCUGCCGCAGCAGAGGCUGCUGAAGAUGAGGAGCUAGCUGUUUUCCUGAAGCGCGAUGAUAUGCUCGCAAGUGAAGCUCGGAAGAAGGUGAUCAGGCUUGUUGAUCCGACUGUGGAUAUGGAAGCUGAUAUGGGUGAUGAUUACAUACAUCUCCCGGAUCAUGGAUUGCUUCAUGAUGAGGUCAAAGAUGAUUUGGACUCGCAAUAUGAACCGUACAAAAGAUCCUUCUCACAAGAUUUAAACCAGCAUGCUGCAGUUGUUCUUCAAGGAAGAGUUGUCGACGUCGAGCUGGGAGAUACAAGAUCUGUUGCUGAAGCCCUUGCCAGGUCAAAACAGGCUGAAUUGUCCGAUGAUUUAUCCAAGAGAAACUCAAAGAGAGAGCUCUCUGACAGGAUUUCCCGACUGGCAGCAAUUGAGGAUCUUCAGGGACCUAAAGAUCCUGCAGUCGCGCCACUUAGUAUCAAGGACCCACGAGACUACUUUGAUUCUCAACAGGCUAAUGCAUUAAAGGCAUUGGGGGAUGCUGAUUUAGGUGCAAAAACUUUAAAAUCCCAUGUGAGCUCACGUGCAGCUUAUGGUUCUUUAAGGAAUCACAUAUCUAAUAUCAGAGACACGGGGUUGAGUGAGCCAAUUUUGUAUCAAGAGGUGGCUCUUAAGGUUCUCAAUGAGUUGAAUCAGAAAAUCUCUGGAAGCAAGUUUCAUCUUGGAAAAGAUCCACACGAGAGUCUCCUGGAUAGUUUACCGAAAGCUACCAAAGAGGAACUCUUGCAUCAUUGGACCUCAGUCCAGGAACUAUUAAAACACUUCUGGUCAUCUUACCCAAUCACAACCAAGUAUCUCACGACCAAGGUGACCAGAUUGAAGGACGCGAUGUCCCAAGUAUAUCCAAAGUUGCAGGCAUGUAUAAAAGAAUCCGUGCAGUCUGACGUCAGGCAUCAGGUUUCUCUUCUUGUUCAGCCAAUGCUUCAGGCUCUGGAUGCGGCUUUCGCACACUAUGAAGCAGAUAUACAGAAGAGAUCUUCCAAGGGUUGCGAGAGGCCAAAUGGUUUUGCUUAG